AUGAAGAUUGUCAACACGGACAGUAUACGUCAGGCUGUGAGUUACGAGGCUACGUUAUCGGUCAUGAGAUACCGCACUUUCCCAUUACUUCUGGAGACCUUCCUCUACGCUCUCUAUGCAGCUUCAAGCGCAUACUUCAUACAGAGCCGAUGGAUCAACAGAAAGACAACCCAUCUGACACCAUUCAUGCUGUGGGUAACCGUCACAAUGUUCACUUUGUUUUCAGCAUACUGGGCAAUCGACGUGUAUCUUCUCUGGCUGGAGAUGUAUCGUUAUCUUCCUCUCCAGUCCGAGCCGAUAGAUCCGAAUGCGCAGUACCUCGACGGCCUGUACAUCCCAUGGUCUGUGGCAUACUACGCGCAGCAACCACUGCAGUUCACCAUGCUUGUACUCGGGGAUACGGUCUCGAUUUGGCGGGCAUAUGUCAUUUGGGGACGACCUCGAUGGCUCUUCCUUCUCUUCACCGGCCUUUACACUCUGGUUCUCAUCGCAGGUCGACCUGGGCCACAGUCAAUUGACGACAACUUCGGUCAUCGCAUCUACCGAGACGCGCAUAUAAGCGCCAACGUCGUGACGAUGGCUGCGCAAGUACUCGCAACGGCAUUCAUCGUAUAUAAGGCAUGGGAAUGCUGGAAGGAUGUCCGCAAACUCUCAUCUCAAUUACGACUGAGAUACAGUCUCGCAAUCCUUGCUGUGAUUAUAGAGUCUGGAGCCAUCUAUAUGGCGUUGCUGGUCUGGUACGGCGUUCUCGACGUGAGCACCGGCUAUCGACAAGACAACCUGUUGAUGGCCACGACGUUCUACUAUAUGACACCCCUCAUAGCCAUGUACCCCAACUUGGUGGUUAUUCUUGUAGCGACCCGCCGCUCGGUUCUCGAACGCAGCAUCGACCGUGCAAUGGACACCCCGACGUUCUUGGAUGCGCCGAGUGAACGGGGUAACAAUAGCCCUCACAUGUUCAAACAUCGACUGGGAAGCGAAGAUGAUGAACCCGGUCGUGGAAAUGAUCCCCGAGGCCAACCCGAGGUAUGA